CAUUUCUGAACGCAUCACUGUACUCUAUCGGUGAUGUCGGUAUCAGCCAAUACCGGUCGACAACACUAGCGUUCAUGCGCGCUCACUUUGAUGCUGCUCCUGCCAACCUCUAUUCUAUCAUUUCUUCUCCUGCAAGUGCUAGUGUGCGAGGCUAGAAGGGGAGGAUUUCGAGGAUUUCGAGGAGGAUUUGGUCGCAUUGGAAGAGUUGGAGGUUUUGGAAGAAGAGGAUUUAGUUGGGGAUCCAGAAGAGCCUUUGGAUAUCCGACAAGAGGCUUGUUCGGUGGAGGUCGUAGCCGAAUCUUUGGUGCCAGUGGGGCUGCUCGGAGAAGCUUUGUGGGAAGAAAUUCAUUUGGAGGCUUUGGAAAUCGUUACCACGGUCAGUUUGGAAGAUUUGCGCCAAGUUAUGGAAGAUUCCUUGGAGCAGGCCUAGGACGAGGACCAGGAAGAUACAAUGUUGCGGGUUACGGUGGACGACGUUGGCCUAACCAUUAUGCAGCAAGUCCUUCCAGUCGAGGAAUUUUCUAUGGUGCCAGUGGGGCUGCUCGGAGAAGCUUUGUGGGAAGAAAUUCAUUUGGAAGCUUCGGAAAUCAUUACAGUGGUCAGCUUGGAAGAGCUACGCCAAGUUAUAGAAGAUUCGUUGAAACAGGUGGAUACAGUAGUCCUGGGGCAGGCUUUGGCGGGACUCGUUAUUCUCGAGGACCAGGCGCGGCAAGUCCUCACUCUGGUCUAGGAGUCGGAGGCCGUAAUCCCUGGUUGAAUGCCGCAGGCGGUUUCCAAAAUUCACGUCGUCCUUUCGGUCAUGAAGCUGGAAACAGUUUCUCUAGCAUGGGUCGAUUUCCCAGUGGGGGCCGCUUUCCCAACGGAGGUCAUUUUUCUAAUGGAGGUGGUUUUCCAAGUGGUCGUUCUCCUAAUGGGGUCGGACCUUUCAACGGAGGCCGUCUCACUAAUGGAGGAGGUAUUCCCAGUGGACAUUUCUCUAAUGGAGGCGGACCAUUCAACGGAGGCCGUUUCCCUAACGGAGGUCACUUUUCUAACGGAGGUUCCAAUGGUAAUGGAGGCGGAUCUUUUAGCGGAGGUCGUUUCCCCAGCGGUGGCCAUUUAUCUAAUGGAGGCGGCUUUCUCAAUGGAAAUCGUUUCCCCAGUGGAGGUGGUUCCCCCGGCGGUGGUCAAUUCACCAACAGAGGCGGUUCAUUCAAUGGCGGUCGUCUAAUCAAUGCAGGAGGUCCUUCCAAUGGAGGCCAGCCCAUUAACGGAGGCGGUUUAUCCAAUAAAGGCGGAUUUUUCCGUGAAGAGCAUUUGUCUAAUGGUGGCGGUUUUUCCAAUAGGGGCCGUCUUUCCAGUGGAGGUGGUUCAUUCAAUGGUGGUCAAGUCCCUAACGGAGGCGGUUCUUCCAACAGAGGAGGAUUUUUGAGUGGAAGCCGUUUCUCUAAUGGUGGCGGAUCUUCCAAUCUCGCUCGCCUACCCAAUAAAGAUGGUUCCACCAGCGGUGGCCAUUUCCCUGGUGGAGGCGGUUCCUUCAAUGGCGGUCGUCUGACCAAUGGAGGCGGUUCUUUCAAUGGUGGCCAAUUCCAUAACGGAGGCGGUUCAUCCAGUGGAGGUCGUUUCCAUGAUAGAGGUAGUUUUUCCAAUGGUGAUCGUUUUUCGAGUGGAGACAGCCUUUCCAACAGAGGCUUUCCCAAUGGAGGCCAGGGUCUCAACGGAAAAGAUCGUAGGAACUGGAACAAUGGCGGAAAAGACGGAAUGAGGCAUACAUCUGACCGCAUGAGAGAAGGAGAUCGCAGACAGUUUGGAGAUGAAGGCGGUUUUGGAGGCAGCGGUGGCAAUUUUGGUGGCGGUUUUUAUGGUGGUGAUUACGAUGACCCUUAUAUGUGGCUGGGCAUAGCAGACUCUAUAACAUCGGGCAUAGGAAGCAUAGCGGAUAUGGCAGGCAUGGUUGCAUCAGUUCUGCCAGUAGGUGGUCCAGACUAUCCGGAUGCAGAAGGUGAACCAGGCCCUAUGGGUCCCAAUAAUGGGCAAGGCGGUCCGGGUGCAGCAGCGUCAUCACAAGGCGAAGGUCGCGCACACCGCUCCAAACGCUCCACCUCUCCAAUUCACAAGUGUGAAUAUAUUGAAGGAACUUCGCACCAGCUUGAUUGUGCUGCCUAAAGAUUAGAUUUUUGAAACGCACCAUUUCCUCACAAAAUUGGCAGACACUUUUCAAUAGUGACAAUCUAGUCGGUUAGCUUUUCAUGGGACAGCGGAAUUAUUGUAUGUUUACGAUUUAAGAAGAUAUAAAAGAGAGUGUGCAAUACACUUCCAAACAGGUCUUAAUUUAAAUUACUAAGAGUGCUACCCUAAGUUUUAAUUGUCUUGACUUAUAUAAUUUUUUUAUUCAUGCUCAUAAACAUGAAGAUUAAGAUUUAUA